CCAAGGCGACUCGAAUAACAUGUAUUCUUAAGAAACAUAGUAAUAUACAUUGCAGCUUUGGGGAAGUCUCGGAUGUGAGGACAUCGACUGGCCGCAAAGACUGUACACGUAAUGCCGAACAUGAGCCAAAUCACCUGAAGUUCGCUGGACAAUAUUUGAUUUUCUUAUUCAGCAGAUGGAGACUCUUCGCUCAAGAUAGCCGAGUCUUUGAGAUGAUACAUUUCUGCAAUGGCUAGGGGUCUGUUUUCACGGGCCUGGAUGUCAAAGACAUAUCCCUUUCAGGCUCGCCUGUCUUAUAUUCGAGUGAAGUAUCUUUUCCUCACUUGGCUUGCGGUGUUUGUGGGCAGUUGGGUUGUGUAUGUGCAAUACUCUACUUACACUGAGCUGUGCAGGGGACGAGAAUGCAAAAACAUCAUUUGCGAGAAAUACAGUAAGGGUAUUAUUGAAGGCUCUGCCUGUAGCAGCCUAUGUGAAGAAAGCUCACUGUACUUUGGACGGUGCCUCUCCACCAAGCCAAACAAUCAGGUGUAUACAAGCAGCUGGGGUGACCAGGAUGGCGUCAUUAAGUGUCAGCUGGGUGACGUCCUGCACUAUGAGCUGGGAGAGGAACUAAGGCCAAAGAAAGAGAUUGUACUCUUUGACAAACCCACUCGGGGAACCUCUGUAGAGAAGUUCAAAGAGAUGGUUGCAAGUCACUUGAAGGCAAAAGUCGGAGAACAAGCAAACCUCUCCAGUUUGGUGACAUUGAUUCUCUCAGUGGCAGACAGCAACAAAGACGGCCUUAUCUCUCUCCCAGAGGCCAAGUCUGUUUGGGCUUUGCUGCAGCUCAAUGAGGUUCUGCUUGUGGUGGUCCUCCAGGGCCGUGAGCACACGCCUAGACUUUUAGGCUUCUGUGGGGACCUGUACAUGGUGGAACGGGUGCCCCACGCACCAUUGUUUGGACUCAGCCUUCCAUGGCCCAUGGAGCUGUGGAUGCCUACUGGGAUGCGGCGAAGCAUGGACCAGUGGUUCACACCUUCAUGGCCCCGCAAGGCCAAAAUCUUUAUUGGUUUGCUGGAACUUAUAGAAGACAUCUUCCACGGUACCUUUGGAAGCUUCUUAAUGUGUGACAUGAGAGCUAGUACUUUUGGUUACACCGAUCGCCAUGACCUUAGACUGGUGGAUGGGCGGCGUGUGGUAGCUGAAGAGGCCUUCAAACGGGCCAUGAUCCUCCAGCGCUGUGAGGAAGACGAGGAUUGUGUUUACGGUGUGGACUGUAGGACUUCAUGCAAUGUUGCUGAACAUCGUUGCACAGCCAAGGUGGCUCAGCCCAACCUGGCUAGGGCUUGUGGAGCACUGAAGGAUUACCUCCUACAAGGAGUUCCCUUCCAUCUACAGGAAGAGCUGGAGAAGCAGCUGUAUGCCUGCAUGGCCCUCAAAGGUUCUGCCGAGCAGAUGGAAAUGGAACACUCGCUCAUUCUCAACAACCUCAAGACACUGCUGUGGAAACAGAUUUCACACACUAAUGACUCGUGAAGAGCAAUAAGCUACAUUGGUGACAACAUUGAGAUUUUUGAAUGUCUUUUCAGGGCUCAACAAUAAGGAUUUGUUUUUCUGCUUAUCCAGCCAGUAAUUCAGAUUUGUUUUGCCCUGCCAAUAUUUUGACUAGCCCUGCAACAAAAAAAGAUUAUUAUUAUUAUUUUUUAAUUAAUUGCUUUUUAGCAACAUAUUUUAUGUGUCAAAAUUAUAUAUUUAUAUUUUUCAUUUAAUGUUAUUAUUAAGUUACUACAGAUCAUUUUAAUUUUACCACAUAAAAGAUGAAUAAAUUGUAUUUUUAGGAACAUAUUUUAUGCUUCAGAAAAAUCUAUGAACAUUUUUCAUUCGUUACAAUUUCUUGAAAAAAAAAAAACAUUAAAAAUAUUUUUGUUUUAUUACAAAUUAUUUUUAUUUUACUAAAAUGUAUUUUGAAUUUGCAGCAAUAACUGGACAUUAUGCAACCAUAAUAUAACUCCAUGGAAAUUAUGAAUUAAUGCACCUACUUUUGCUGGAAACCUAUGGAAUUUGGUCUAUAAAUAUUCCCACUAAGUUUGAUGCCCUUAAAAAGAUCAGAAGUCUUUCUCGAAAUUUAAACAAAAACCAUAUCUCUGUUAGCAAGCUAGAUAUCGAUACUUUAUGCCGCAAAGUAUUUAAUUCACAACAGUAAUGUUCUGCACAUCACAAAACAUUUAAUUUUUUUGUUGCAAAUCCAAUAUCUCACCUCCUUUCUACUGUGAUGCCGUCAUCUUGCAAGUUUUUGAAGACAGUAAAGAUCCAGCCUUUGUUGACUUUUAUAUUCCAAAUUUCUACACAUGUGAUUCGCUGGUUGGCUGAAAGAAUAAACAGCGUCUGAUGGAGCGGGAAAAAUCUGAAUUGUCCCUUUUUUUCAUCUAAUGACCCCAUUUCUAGAGAGCAGUAGUCAUUGUAUAUUCUAAAUAUUUGCUCUGGUAUGUCUAAAGCUCACUAGAAAUAGUUUUAGGUCAUUUUAGACAUUACUUUUAAACAGCCUUAAACAGUCUUUACAGGUGCCUUCAUACGCAAAUAUUUUCCUCUGAAGUCACUGACUGAUUGGACAGUGAGGCAUCAAAGCAGCUGCCUUAAGUUUUGGACGCAGCCAUAGUGACAACCAGCACAGCCCAAGCAACUGGCCCAAAACUUUUGUCAUUGGCCCAGGCCAUCAUUCCAUCCUAAUUGUUGAGCUCUGCUUUUGCAGGAAUCUGACAAGAGAAAAUGCUGGAAGGAAAACUAAUAUUGCCUCCAUCUUGGAAGGCUCAAGAAGUGGCUUGUGACCAUAUUCAGUGCUGCUCUGAUACUCUGAUUUUAACAAGUCCUUUUAGAAUUACAACAAAUUAUUCUCAGGCUCAACAUUUGAGUAACAUUCACAUUUCUGUUUUAUGUUCAUGUCUUUGUCGCACACAAUUGAUCUGUGAUUUUGUUUAUUUUACAAUUCCUUCAAAUGUUCUGAAGGAGCAAAUGAUGAUAACUUUGCAUCCAUUAUUGGAUAUUAAAAUAAAAAGCGAAAGAAAUGCACUUGCCAACAACUGUGGUUGUAUCAGUCUUGUACAGUAAUGUUUUUAAUUAUUGAGCACAGCAAAAAGAGCCACUCUGAAAUGGACAUAUGAAUUAAAUGCUUUGAUAUGCAUGUUGCAGUUUUAUUUUCAAUGCAUGAUCCAAAUGUUUACAAGAAUUGGUUAAGGGAAUGAGGCCCUUCUCAAACAUGGAAUGACAUUGCAUUGUUGGUUAAAUUUUUUUUUUUCUCUCAAAUUAUUUAAUUGAUCCCUUUGGUAUGUUGGGUUCAGUCUGGACACAUAAGGCAUGUCACUUGAUAUGGUAAAUAUGGUUGUAUUAUGUAAGCUUAAAUAAUAUGAAAUAUAUCUGUCUUAACAGUCAUAGCUCAUGAUGUACUAAUGAAUGGAAGUGAUAAAUGGUGCUUUUUUUUGUGAUUAUAUGAACCAUUUUUCAUUAGGAUAUUUUGGAUUGUAUAUAUAC